AUGACUGAGAAUAAGAGUACGGUGAUGGAGGAAAAGAUAUCUGCUGCUCUUGAUUUGAAAAUUUUUAAUGACCUCUUUUUCGACAUCCUCAAGAGAUUAGAAGCUGAUACUUUGUACAAUUUAAGGGUGGUAUCCAAGCAAUGGUAUAACCUGAUAUUUGAUUCUCAGUUUGCUUAUUACAACCUCUCUUAUGCGGUACCUGGUGUCAUGCUUCAAACCCCAGACCAAGUUUCUUAUAAAUUGGGUUUUAUAGAGAUGAAAGGAGGAGAGAUUAUGGUUAGGGAUUUAAAUAUGGGUUUUCCGAGGCCAGUACGUGCCUCCUGCAAUGGCCUUGUCUUGGUGGAAGACUUCCCAGAACUUGGCGAUUUAUUUGUAGGGAACCUUGUCACUAAAAAAGCGAUGAAAGUUCCUGUACGUUUAGGUAGUUUAGGACAAGACAGGGUUAUUGGGUUCACAUAUAUACCUCAAACAAGAGAAUACAAAAUCGUCCGCCAGGUGAUUAAUAUAAGUACUGGCGUUGUUUAUAAGAUACUCACUCUUGGUUAUAAUGAAUGGAGGGAGAUCAAGGGGCCUUGGCCUUGGUUGGCUCCGAGGUCGAGUGCGGACAAACCCAUCUCUAUUAACAGUUUCAUACAUUCCUUAGAUCAUGAACACUCCUUGUUUUCCAUAGACACUGCUGAUGAAACCCCUCAUACGACUGCACUCCCGGGUAAAAGGGGUUUUAUCUUUUGUGACAAUUUCUAUUUAUGGUGCUGA